GGCAGCCUGGCAGCUUCCCUGAGCAGCGCUCCUGCGUGUCCUGCUGCAGCCUCCGGCACCCCCGAGCUCCUCUCCGCAGCUUCCUCCGCCGAAACAGCUCCGGGGAGAUUUUUUUCUGCGAUCGGGACAGGCGGGUGCUCUUGUGGCAGAGAGCGGCAGAGAGCGGCGGGCAGAGGCAGCUGGCUCCCUCCCGGGGAAGGCAGGCAGGGAGCGGGGGCCCGGGGCCGGAGGAUGCUCGCCGCCGUCCCCGGCCGCGGGGAUGCGGGGUUGCUAGGCGGCAGGUGAAGGUGAAGGUGAAGGUGAGGAGAGCGCUGCGGAGGACCGCAGGCCCAGAUCCGCAUGUCAGACCAUCACCACCCCAGCGAUGGGGAGUCAGACCCCCAGCACGGCAUUACUGUGGUCUUCCUCCUUGUCCUUGUCUUCUUCAUCAUGGGGCUGGUGGGGUUCCUGAUCUGCCAUGUCCUGAAGAAGAAGGGUUACCGGUGCCGGACCUUCCGGGACGAUCUUGACCCAGAUGACAAAGACGAGGUGGAGGAGCUCCAGGAUGAUGAGGCCGAGAAGAAUGACGACACCGUGGAGAAGAUCGUGAAGAUCAUCAUCCAAAAUGAAGCAAAUGUGGAGGCCCUCAAGGAGAUGUUGGGGGAAAAUGAAGAGAUGCCAGUGCCAGUGCCCAGCCUUUGUCCCCACAGUAGCAGCCAGGACGGGGGCCCACCACAUCACCACACGGUGCACCUGGGCUCCACGCAGGCCCCCUGCAUCCACUGCAGCAGGAGGAAGAGGCACCCGCUGCAGCGCCAGGGGCGCUCCAAGGAGGGCAAAAGCAGGAUGCAUCCCGGAGAGACCACCGUCUUCUCAGUGGGCAGGUUCCGUGUCACACACAUCGGGAAGAAGCCGUCGGUGCAGGAGCAGCAGGACGGUGUCCUGCCCGCCGGCAGCCGGGAGCCGAGCACGGAGGAGCUGGAGCGCAGCAGCGAGAUGCUCCAGCGGGAGCGGGCUCUCAACGGGACUGUCCCCACGGCCGGCCUGCAGAACGGAGCCAUCCCGACGGGCACGCAGAGCGGCAGGAGCGCGGAGCAGAGCCUGUCCGCCAGCCCAGCCGCCAACACACCGGCCAGCUCCGGCAGCCGCGACAGCCGGCGGGCGGCCGCGGGGCCUGGCACGGCACGGUCUGGCCCGGUGGGGCCCGGCCCGGCACAGUCCGGCCCGGUGGGGCCCGGCCCGGCACAGUCCGGCCCAGUGGGGCCCCUGCAGGAUGCUGGCUCUGCUCCCGGGAGCUCGAGCCGCCAGCGAAGGCUCAUGAGCAUGCCGGCGCUGGGAGCGUCGAGUCCCAACAUCCCAGCAGAGCUGGCGAGGGAAGGAGCCGGCGUCUGCCUGGAGGAGAUGGGACUGGCGUCGGCGGAUGAAGUGUCGGAUAUUCACGGGAGCCUGAGUCUGCAGGAACAGGCCGAUGAGCUGGGCAGAGACGACAGCAGCAGGAAACAGUCCGGAGGGGAGGAUGGGAAGCAGCAGGAGCCCAGUGCCACGGAACAGGACCGUGUGUGACGUGAGUGCUCGUCCCCUGCCCCUGGGACAAUGUGUGGGGGGGUGGGAGGGCACUCAGUGUCCCUGCCCUGGUGGGUCUCACCUUGGUGCUGCAGAUGGAGACAGGGCAAGCUCUUUCUCCAGGGGGUCGGGACGUGCUUGGCCCCCUGGAGAAAGACUCUGGGAAGUCCCAUUUGCGGGUGG